CAAUGUCAUUAUUAUUUUAUUUGUUCACAUUUUGUAAGCAACAUAUUUAUUUUUAUCAAAAUAUUUUAAAAAAUUAUUCUGUUAUCUUCAGUUUUCGCCAAACUGGUCAACUUUAAUCCAUGACGUGACCUUAUCACUUUCACGUAGCGGACUAUGGAAUUAUUUUCUUAUAAAGUUAUCAUGUUUACGAAACUAGUGAAGUUCCACGAAGUGUUCAAUGUUUUGUGUUUAUCUCAGUGACUAAUGACUGCAUUUUAUACUGAAAAUGGACACCACGAGUGAGGAUAACUCUAAAACGGACGAUGGUAACGGUCAGAAGAAGGAUUUGAAUGUAAAUUUGCAAAAGAUAUGCCUCGUCUGCGGGGACAAGGCUCUCGGGUACAACUUUAACGCGAUAUCCUGCGAGAGCUGUAAAGCGUUCUUCCGACGCAACGCAUUAGUCAACAAGCAGUUUAAAUGCCCUUUCUCGAACAACUGCACUAUUACUGUUUUAACGAGGAGAUUCUGUCAGAAAUGUAGAUUAGAAAAGUGUCUGUCUAUCGGUAUGGUGAAGGAGUUUAUCAUGUCGGAAGAGGAUAAAGCGGAAAAACGGCGGAAAAUAGAAGAGAAUCGAGCUAAAAAACGACAUUUAAAUGAUCCUGAUGACUCUGUAUCUAGUUCUAAGAAUUUCAGGAGAGACGAUGAGUUAAAUUAUGUUCCUCCGAUACAUGACACAGGUUUACAAUACAAUGUACUAAACAGUACAACAUGCAGUCCUCACAGCACGGCUCAUUACCCCCCCUCACCCAUAAACACUGACUUGGACAACACCAUGAGCACAGCCAUGUACAGCCAGUAUGUCCCCGUGCAGAGCACCAACCAGCCGUACACCAUGAAAGUGUACCCCAUAGACGAGAAGAGCAUCAUCAACCGAGCCGUGUACGACCAGAGGGUGGUGGAGUCGGGGUACAGCAAUAUAUGUGACAGCGUGGACAGCAUGUACGAGCCACCAAAACAAAAUAGCAUACGAUCAAUAUUAACCAAUGGCAGUGCAGCAAUAGAUGACGUAGACGAGAGCCAGAAGCACGUCUGCGAAGAGAUGCCGUCCACCAGCACCAACCCGGACGUCAACAAGGCCAGGGACAUACUGCAGGACGUUGAGAGGAUAGAGCCGAACUCGAUGGAGUCCAUCCUGUGCGAGGCGAUCAAGCUGGAGUUCGAGGCGUACACGUCUGUGGGCAGCUGCAGCGGCUCCUCGCGAGAACUUAACGAGGUGGAGCGCGCGAAGCUCAACGAGCUGAUCGUCGCCAACAAGGCGCUGCACGCACCCAUCGACGAUGACCUGUCGCAGCUCAUCGGGGAGGUGGCUUCUACCGGCGUCCUGAAGGACGGCAACGGCAAGCACGACCCGAUGCUGAUAACGAUAGUGAAUCUGACCGCGGUCGCCAUCAGACGCCUCAUCAAGAUCGCUAAGAAGAUCAACGCCUUCAAGAACAUGUGUGAAGAAGACCAGAUAGCUCUGUUGAAGGGAGGCUGCAUAGAGAUGAUGGUGCUUCGCAGUACGAUGACUUACGACGGACAACGGAACCAGUGGAAGCUGCCGCACUGCCACGAGCAGUACGGCACCAUCCAGACGGACGUGCUGAAACUCGCGAAGGGCAACAUCUACCGCUCGCACGAGCAGUUCAUCCGCUCGUUCGACCCGCGCUGGCGCACCGACGAGAACGUCAUCCUCAUCAUGUCCGCCAUCUUGCUGUUCACGCCCGACCGCGCCAAGGUGGUGCACCGCGACGUCAUCAAGCUAGAGCAGAACUCAUACUACUAUCUCCUACGGCGCUACCUGGAGAGCGUGUACCCUGGCUGCGAAGCCAAGUCCACCUUCCUCAAGCUGAUCCAGAAGAUCCUGGAGCUCAGGAAGUUCGCCGAGGAGGUGACGGGGGUCUACCUCGACGUACACCCCAUAGAGCCCCUGCUCAUGGAGAUAUUCGACCUGAAGCACCAUGCCGCAUGACGAUACGUUGUAGCGGUUGUUACAAGCCACCAGGCGGUAAGCGAGCCACCUGCCAAUCUGUAUGAGACUCAAUUUUUUUUUUUUACUUAGUUAAGUUAUAAAUCUGUAGAUUUAUUGUUAUUUGUGACAUAAACUGGUGGACAAUAACAUGGCAUUAACAACUGUUUACUUUUCCUUCACAACAAGCAUUCACUACAGAAAUGGUAAUAAUUGAUAAAAUGCUUAUUUUUAAUUGAGCAAUCUUAUUUCGCGAGAAAAAUUUAAAUGUGACCGAAAAUCAAAACUAUAUAACAAAGUUUAUACUAAAUUUUAGAUUGUAAUAAAUAUCAAAAACAGGUAAUGUCAUAGGGUAAUUUUAUGGUCCACUAGUUUAUGUAAUAUUUAUGUAAUUUUACCUAGCGCGAACAAACAUUCAAACUGCUUGUGUAGUGUAUAUGAAUGACUACAAGAACACAAAUAUAACUUCUUUCAUAUACACUAUACCAGUACAAUGUGUGCGUGUGCGCCAUAUUGAAAUAUAUUUAUUUUUAAAAAUUGAAAAUUAUUUAAAGUGCCAAACUUAGUAAAUCUUUUCGAGCUACACGAAAAGAGAAAUAUGAACCUAGUGUUUAUAAGAAUAGCGUUUAAAAUGCCUUGAGUGAUAAGAAAUUACAAAGAAAUUAGUACACGGAUGAAAUCUUGUGAAAUUUUUCGGUGUCCUUGUUCAUAAGCUGGUUGAAUCGGCGCAUUGCAAUUGCAAUGCAAUAGAAACAAUACCAUAUCACUUAUCUAACCGUCUGUGAAUAUAUUUUUUUUGUAAAUCUAUUACAUUAGAGGCACAAUUAUCCGCCCACUUUAAUAUGACACGAGUAUAUAAAGUGGGCGGAUAAUUGUGUCUCUGAGUAUAUUUUAUUAUUAAGAAAUACAGCUCAAGAGAUAUAGUAUUUAUAACUAUUGUUGUAAGAAAAUGGAAAUUUUAUAGAAAUAUAUAAUUUAGGACAUUGAAAUACAUGAAAAUUUUAAAAAUAAGUCAUAAGGUAAUGAUUGCCGUUGUGAAAGUUAAAAAUAGUGAUAUAGGUCUAACUUCUAUUAUUUGUUAUUUAAAUAUGUUAUAUAAUAAAUUGCAUUUGCAUUUUUUUCGGGUUUUGUUGUAAUUUAAUGUAAUAAAAGUCUAGGAGACAGGGAAUAUUUUUAUAAUAAUUGAUCACUAUUAAGCUCAUUUGUAGGAGUAAAGUCUAUUCGUUAUGAUACGUUCGUCCUUUGCGAAGUACAUUUUUUUGGCUGUUCUAUAUUAACCAAAAAUAUUUACAUCAUUCCAAAUGAAUGUGUGCUCAUGGAUACAUCAAAACUAGUGGGGAUUAGGUAUCCCCACUAGUUAUAUGUUCGUUUAUGACACCUGUCAAUGUUAUAUUUGUUAAUUAAUUAAAUGUUAAUAUUUUUUGCCCGAAAUUAAUACGUUUAUUGUGUUAUUAAGGUUAAUAAAAGAGAUAUUUAAAUAUAUACAGGUGUUAAAAACGCACUCUCCGAGCGGCUGGACUUUAGCUGUGCUUAGGGUUAAUUUCUAUGAGCCGUCAUGCAUCCAACUUUUCAGUUGUGUGCAUUUUAAGAAAUUAAAUAUCACGUGUCUCAAACGGUGAAAGAAAACAUUAUGAGGAAACCUGCAUACCAGGGAAUUUUCUUAAUUCUCUGCGUGUGUGUAGUCUGCCAAUCCGCAUUGUGCCAGCGUGGUGGACUAUUGGCCUUACCCUUCCCAUUCUGAGAGGAGACUCGAGGUCAGCAGUGAGCCGAAUAUGGGUUGAUAAUGAUUAGGGGUUGCUUAUAAGAAGUUUUUUUAUUGUAUGCUGAUGAUGAUGAUUUUGAAAAUUUUGGAGAUACAAGGUGAAGCUAGUGAUGGAAAAUUAAGUUGAUAGUGAUUAAUUGUAAAAAUGUUUCCCAGGUCCUGGACUAUAACUUCUAAAUACUCUUUAGUGAGUUAAGUUUUCUAAAUUCGCCUAAAUUGAAUGCCAAAAACUCAUUCAUGUUAUAUUUAGUUUUAGUUAAGGAUCUUGUCAUAAUUUGUUGGGGAGUCACAGAGGUAAGUUUUGAUUGUUGAAACUACUGGAGCGAUUUGAAUUUUUUUUUCUCGAUAGGUAUUCCCACGGGAACUAUGUCGGUGACAUCGUAUUCUGCUAGUGAUUUAUAAAAUGCCUUCGAAAAAUACUGUUUUCUUAUUGACAGCAUUAAAUUUUUACCGAAGAAUUCACAAGAAAAAUUAUAGGAGACCGACCGUUUCCCAUUCUCCCUGCAUGUUACAAAAAAAAAUAUAUUUAAUAUGCUCUUAUCAAACUCUUUCAUUUGAUGAACACGAUGCAGUUUGCAAAAAAUAUUUUUCAACUCUUUAUCUGCGUUUGGGUCACAAGAAUUGAUAUGUGUAGCUUUCAAAUUAAUAAUAGGUCGAAUAGAUUCCGAGAAAACACACAUCUAAAUAUACGCGAGUGAAAUUACAAGGUUUCCGUUUUUGUACUACGUACGUUCGAAACCCUAAAAAUUACGGUAAAUCCUUUAUUUUUGCAAAUCAAAAUUACAAAAAAAUAAUUAAUUCCCAGUUUUUAAUAUAUUUUGAAAUGUUUCUUUUGUUGUUUUAUAAAGUAGGUACUUGCCUAUAUCUUGAUUAUGCAACUGCCAAUCAAACUGAAAUUAAACCAGUCUAAAAGUGAUAUUAUUGUUCAACAAAUGAUACUAAUUUUUUUAGGUUUAUAAAUCUGGGACAGCAAUGUAUGAAAAAUGGUCGAUCUUCUGUCUAUCACGAAUGUACCUCCGUGGUACCCCAACAUAUACGAGUAAGUUAUAAACAAACUAAAUCGACAGGACAAGUUUAAGCCGUCCUAUAAUUCCAUUAAAAAGCAUUUUUGUAAAUGAUCAUAGCUACUACUUUUAGAAGUCUUGUUGAUUUAUUUAAUCUAUACCCAGAGGCACAAUUAUCCACCCACUUUUAAAUAACGCGAGUAUAAUUAAAUGGGCGGAUAAUUCUGCCUCUGAGUAUAAAACUUACUUAAGUAAUUUUCGAAAAUGCCUUAUUAUACUGUCGUAAUUUAUUUUUAGACUAUACUCUCUAAUUCUAUAGGAAUAUUUAAAAAAAAAUAUUUUUCACAAAUCUUAUUGACAUUGAUGGAAUAUUGGCUUAUUUUAUUGUAGACAUUAAUCACUAUUUAUUGAAUAAAUCAUAAAGGGUAGGAAACUUUGGAGUUCUCGGACGUGUUAUUUUAACGCAACCAACAAAUUUUAUAAUGUUACUUUCCCUUAACUAUUUCAUCUCAUAUUUCAACAGUUUUUAAGGUCCUAGCACACAUAUCAAAACUGAAAUGGACUGUAUCAACUCGCGCCAUCCAGUAUUCUUUGUAUGCACAUUAAUCGGAAUCGCUUCGCCUUGGGACAAACUUAAGGCUUUUUGUGCCUUGCCUCUUCUUUAUCGCCUCGCUAUUAACCUAUGGUCGACGGCGAGGCUAUACUGUUACAAUCUCUUUUCGAAUUGAUAUGUGCUAUGACCUUCAUUGAGCGUUCGUGCCUGGCGUAAUGUUAUCAAUCGACUAAGCAAGCUCACUGUCAGGGCUUGGAACUUGUAGAUCUUUGACAUUUUAUAAACGCUGUCAGUUUGUCAUCUCAUGCUCUAACCAUAGAUAAGUACGGUAGGCAAACAUGGUGUUUGGCAUUGAGAAAUAACAGGUAACAAAGGUCCAGACUCCAGACCCUCAAUUUGAUGGGAAAGUUUGAUCUUUAAUAUUUUUAAAGGGUUGUUAAGAAGCAAAGUUGGGGGACAAAAGGGGAAAAUAUAAAAUAAUUACGCUUUAUAUUUGGUCUGGUUCUUGAAACCUGCUACUUUCAAAAGCCACCACGGCUAAAACUAGUUAAAAGACACCACGGUUAAAACAAGUUAAAAGCCACCACGGGUUAAACUAGUUAAAAACCACCACGGCUAAAACUAGUUAAAAGCCACCACGGUUAAAACAAGUUAAAAGCCACCACGGUUCAAACUAGUUAAAAGCCACCACGAUUAAAGCUAGUUAAAAGCCACCACGGUUUAAACUAGUUAAAAGCCACCACGGUUUAAACUAGUUUAAAGCCACCACGGUUUAAACUAGUUUAAAGCCACCACGGUUUAAACUAGUUUAAAGCCACCACGGUUUAAACUACUUAAAAGCCACCACGGUUUAAACUAGUUAAAAGCCACCACGGUUCAAACUAGUUAAAAGCCACCACGGUUUAAACUAGUUAAAAGCCACCACGAUUAAAGCUAGUUAAAAGCCACCACGGUUUAAACUAGCUAAAAGCCACCACGAUUAAAACUAGUUAAAAGCCACCACGGUUUAAACUAGCUAAAAGCCACCACGAUUAAAACUAGUUAAAAGCCACCACGAUUAAAACUAGUUAAAAGCCACCACGGUUUAAACUAGUUAAAAGCCGCCACGGUUCAAACUAGUUAAAAGUUACCGUACCUACGUAUGGUAACCAUGGGCUGACAAACUUUCAGCUUUUAUAAAAGAAGCGAAGGUCUGGCCACUGUAUGCUCUCGUUAAAUUUCUGCGAUGCCGCUGCGGCUAUGGUGUCUGUCUGUUCAUAGCUUUACACUUCUAAAACUGUACAUAGUAUAAGGUUAAAUAUUGUUGUAUUAAAUUAAAGUGAACUAUUUUUAUAGUGAAUGAAAUCUGUUAUUAUAUUUUAAAAUAGGUGCAAUAAAUUUAUUUUGAAAUCUUUAAAUAAAUAGACUGUUAUAUAUUA